AAAAACAAAAACGAAAUGAACAAAAUAGUUAAGAACUAAUUGUUAAGGAAAUUAUUUGUAAACAGGAAUGGAAUCUAGCGAGGUCAACUGUUCAGAGAAUUCGGCUGUUCAAGAAACCACAACAACUAUUACGAUUACAUCUACUAGCACUGUAAAUAAUAUAACUACCGAUAAGACUACUGAAGAUCAUUAUGAUUAUGAUGACAAUCAAACUGAAGUAUUAACAAAGACAAUUCAUUCACAUAUGUCUAAUAGUAAUGAUUUACAAUCAAGUAUUAAUUCUCAUGAAACCACUGCCUCAGAAUCAAAGGUAGUUGAUCAUGAAACAGAAAAUCCACAGAAUCAUAACAAAACAAAUGUAAUAACUACUGGAAUAAUGAUAAUAAGAAAUGAAACAAUAAAUCCUCAUAUUGAUACAUUCAAUAAUGAAGUGAUUCCAAUGAACACUGAUGUUUCCAUAAAUGAGAUUGAAACGAAACAAGACAAAACUCAUACGGAGAUAAGUCAACAACUACAAGAAAACAAUUUGGAAAAUAAUCAAGAUAUUAAAACAGAAGUUGAAUUAUCUUUAAUAAAAAAUUCACCGGAUAUAUCAACCCAUAAAUCAUCGAUUAGUAAUCAUUCAUCAAUAAAUCAAUCAACUGAACAUUAUAUUACAACACAAGAGGAAUCACUUAUAAAUAAUGAUAAAGAUGAUGAGAGAAAUAGUCCAAAACAUCCAUAUCGACCACCUCCACCAAAAUUAAAUCAAACUAAACAUACAUCAGUAUCUCUUUCAUAUAGUGGAGGAGAAAAUGAUGAUGUAAUAAGUAAAAAUGAUAAGUUAAAUGACAAUUCACAGAUAGAUGAUAGUAAUAAUAAUUAUGAAACUAAUGUGAAGACAUCAAUAAAACAACAGCCGAAUGAAAACGAUGUCGACCAGCAUAAACCUCAAUAUAAACGUCCAACAAUCAAAUCAAAUAUUAAACAUGUAUUUACUAAUCUGAGAAAAAGUUUUAAACGUAAAGAUAAACCAUCAAUCAAACGUGUAGUUAAUGAUCAUGAUAAUGUUGAGAACAAUCAUACAUACACUACUCAACAACCAAUGACAACACAUGCAUAUAAUAAUAAUAACGAUUAUAUUGAUCAUAGAAAUAAACAGUCAAAUUUUCCUUCAAGUUCAUCUUCUCAUCAGGAAUAUCAUCAUCAGUAUUAUAGAAAUUCCAAUGAAAUACAAGAAAAUCAAUCACAAUUAUCCAAUGCACAAUCCUUGAAUAUCUCAAUUACUGAUUCAUUACAACAACUUAAAAGACCAGAAGAAGAUAUUGAUAUAAUAUAUUCUACUGAAAUUAUUGCACCACCAGCAAUUCCAACUAAAAUGUCAUCUGAUCCAAAUAAUCCUAUUUAUGUGAAUCAUUCAAUUAAACCAAAUAGACCACCAACUAUAGAUAGAAAAGAAACUGAUGAAAAUGAUAAGCAUGUUUAUGCAAACAGUCAAGAAUUACGAACUGCAUUAAAGGCAAAGGAGUUUGCGGCGUCAGCUAUAGUCGACAGUGUGGUAUCCAACAGAGAAACUUAUUGGAAAGACGAAUUAAAUAGUCGAGAUACAACUAUUCAGCCAUUAAACAUGAAUUAUCAACAAUAUUAUUUAACAAGAAGUGAACACUCAACACCUAAUCUAUCGAUUAGAUCACAAAGUUACCCAACUAAUAAUUAUCAUGAACAAAAGAAGCUUUAUUUAACAUCAGAUUUUCUUUCUACCCAACAUCAGUUGUCGUCGCAAAAACCGACACGACCAAGUAAUCCACCACUUCUAUCCCCUAUGGAUCAUCAUCAAAGACAAGAUAAAUUAGAUGAAAAAAAUCGGAUAGGUAUCCGCCGAUUGGAUUUAAUGAAUUCAAUAAAUCCCGGUGACAAAUUUACAGAUUAUGAUCAUGGACAUUUCAACGAUACUGUUGGAUAUUAUAACACAGAGAUGAUCAUCCAGAGGAAUACUCCAUUAUCAAUUCAAUAUCAACCAAAUCAUUCGUAUACAAUGAGAUCAGAGAGAAGAAUUGUAUCACCUGGAAGUUUGGAUAGAAGAUAUCCACAAGAAUAUGAUCAAUAUUAUUCAUCACCUGAAGCACGACGUGUACAAACAAUGAGAUAUACAGAUUAUCCAACAAGACCUCGUGUUUAUCAACCAACAUAUCAAGCCGCAACUAUGUCAUUUAAUGAAUUUGAUCAUCAUUAUAAUAAUGGUGGUACAUUAAAACCGCGUAAACCAAAAAUUAUUACAGAACGAUAUAAAUGUAGUGAAGUAUAUAAUUGGCCACCGAAAUUUCCAAAAUUAAAACGACAUAAAACUAAUCCACCAAAACAAAUACAUACUGCACAAGAUCAUAUUGUAAUUAAACAACAAUUAAAAACUACAGCAGGAAAUAAUUAUUCACCUACAGUUCAACAAACAGAACCAAAUACAGAACAAAUACAUUGUACUAAGAUAAACAAUCAAUAUCAAUCACCGAAUUACAAAAGAGAAAUAAGUGUUUCGCCAGAACGACAAGUAACUAGUCUUCAUUCAUUACAAAGAUCGACUCUGUUAGAAAAAUCUAAUCGAACACCGGGCACAGAGACACGUGAUCAAUUAUUUAUAGCAGAUUACAAACUAACACCAAACAAUCAGAUUGGGUCCACAAAACCUGAUGCAUUAGCUUUACCAUAUUUCGCCAAAAUGACAGAAAAUAAACGAUUUUCAAAAUUCCACUAUAAUACUACCACUAGUACUACUACUACUAAUAAUAAUAAUAAUAAUAAUAACAAUAUUGCUAUGUCUGCUGAAGUAAUGCGUUCCGAUUCACCAAAAUCAUUAGCUUCAUUGAUAGAUGCAUUGAAAACUAUACAUCCAUUACUUUAUAAUUUAAAUGAGAAUCAUAUCCCUUUAUCAUUAACCGAUCAUGAUAACAAUGAAAACUCGAAAUUAUUCAUUCAUUGUUUAUCAGAAUAUUUAUUCACAUGUAUGAAAUUGCGUUCAUUAGAUUUAAAAGGUGAAUUUGUUACAUUCUUAUUUCCAUUAAAACAUUUCAAUGAACAAUUAUGGAAUAAAUAUGGUACAAUUGAUGAUUGGAAUGAAUUAUCUGUUGUUUGUGAACCGAAUACAAACUAUGAAUAUGUUGUAUUGAAUACAGCCAACGAAUCAUCACAAAAAAUCAGAUUUCCUAAAAAAACAAUCGAUAAACUAUUAACAAAUUGGUUAGAUAAUCAAACUACAAAAACACCUUCGCCAGGAAAUCGACAUUCAUUGGAAAGCAAAAAUAAUACAGAGAAACAUUCAGAUGAUAAAUUACUUCAUUCAAUUAGUUUAGCUGUGACAUUAAAAACGUUGUUAAAUUUAUUUGAAAAACAUGAAAAAGUAGAAAGUGAUGAACAUCACCCUCAUCAAGAACAACAACAAAAACAACCACAACCAUGUGUAGAUCUAUUUCUAACUUGUAUUAAACUUAAUGUACUACUAAGUUUAAGUGAAUGUUUAGAUAAAAAUAAAUCAAUCCAAUUUAACUUAAAACCAGAACAUAUUUUACUUAUAUUAACACCAUCUAAUUGUUUAACAAUUUUUAAACAUUAUGAAAAAAUACAAAAUAAUAAACAAAAUGAGAAACCAGCUAAUACUGAUGAUGAUGAUAAUCAUAAUGAGACUCAUGAUCUACAAUCAUUAUUAAAAAUAAUGAAUAUUCAAUAUGAUUCAAUGAAUGAAAGUAUCAAUGAUUUAAUCAAACAAUUAUAUGAAAUUAUACAACAUAAAUAUCAAUAUUCAGAUAUGAUUACAUCAUUAUUGAAAUCAGUUGCACCACCAG